CAGUAGCCCAAGCCCAAGAAUCAUCCGCCGCACAAAAAAUAAAAAGUGAGAAAAUUGAGUGAGAACGAGAAAAGUGAGGGGAACCCCGAACCCGACAAUUUUCAUCAGAAGGAAAAAAAUGCCGACUUUAUUCGGUUUUCUGAUUCGAUAGAAGAAAAGAAAUGUUGGGUAAAUCAGAUGACUAAAGCUCUCUCUUUCAUUUGAUUUGAUUUGUGAAAUCCAGAAGCGACGAAAUGGGUUUGGAAGAUGGGAACUCAGAGAACGCGCGAAGCUGGGCGAGGUUUCUAGCCACGUGCCUCGUCGGAGGGGUGGUGGUGGCAGUGGGGGUUGGCUUUGGGGUGUCUCUGUUAGGCUCACAGGAACGUCAUGGCCCUCAGCUUCCUCUGGGAUUUCCAUGGCGGAGGAAGAAGAACAGACCUGUCCGCGUUUACAUGGACGGCUGCUUUGACAUGAUGCACUACGGCCACUGCAACGCGCUCCGUCAGGCACGUGCCCUCGGCGACCAAUUGGUUGUCGGCGUUGUCAGCGACGCUGAAAUCAUCGUCAACAAAGGCCCCCCUGUUACUCCUCUCGAUGAAAGGAUGAUUAUGGUUAAUGCUGUGAAAUGGGUUGAUGAGGUUAUUCCGGAUGCACCUUAUGCUAUAACCGAAGAGUUCAUGAAGAAACUGUUUGAUGAAUACAAUAUAGACUAUAUCAUUCAUGGAGAUGACCCAUGUGUUCUUCCUGAUGGAACUGACGCUUAUGCUCUUGCCAAGAAGGCUGGUCGCUACAAGCAGAUCAAACGCACAGAAGGGGUCUCCAGCACAGACAUUGUUGGUCGUAUGCUUCUCUGUGUAAGAGAGAGAUCGGUUAGUGAGAACCAGCACCAUUCUUCCUUGCAGAGACAAUUCAGCCAUGGUCACAGUCAGAAAUUUGAAGAUGGUGGAUCUGGAAGCGGAACUCGUGUGUCUCAUUUCCUACCAACAUCUCGAAGAAUUGUUCAGUUCUCGAAUGGAAAAGGUCCUCAGUCGGACGCACGCAUAGUUUAUAUAGAUGGUGCAUUUGAUCUUUUCCAUGCUGGACAUGUGGAGAUCUUAAGGAUUGCGCGAGAGCUUGGGGAUUUUCUUCUUGUUGGAAUACACACUGAUCAGACUGUCAGUGCUCAUAGAGGAGCACAUCGUCCAAUCAUGAACCUUCACGAAAGAAGCCUGAGUGUUCUGGCUUGCCGGCAUGUGGAUGAAGUUAUAAUCGGUGCUCCAUGGGAAAUUUCAAAAGAUGUGAUCACCACCUUUAACAUCUCUUUAGUUGUCCAUGGAACGGUAGCAGAGAAUAACAAUUUUCAGAAGGAACAAGGCAAUCCAUAUGAAGUUCCAAUCAGUAUGGGUAUCUUCAAAGUUUUGGACAGCCCCCUUGAUAUCACUACUUCCACGAUAAUUAGGAGGAUUGUAUCCAAUCAUGAAGCAUACCAGAUACGCAAUGAGAAGAAGGCAGCAAGUGAGAAAAAGUAUUAUGAAGGCAAGUCUUAUGUUACCGGUGACUAACAGAUGGCGAUCUCGGAGGCUAAUACAUGGCUAGUUAUUGGCUGCACCUGUUAUUUUGGCAGUUUUACGGAAUAGUACUAACAUCACAGAUGACCCACUUGGGCCGUUUUACGAAAUUCUGCCUUACGAAAUAUUCACAUGCUGUCGUUCACAGUUUCUAGAUUACAUGUUAUUCCUGAGUCAUGUUGUCAUGCAGCUAUCAUUUUGUUGCUUAGAACACUAUUUUCGGAUUCAAUUCAGAACCUAAAACAUGAGAAAAACUUAGUUUGGCAGGUUGAACGGGACAAGCUUUUCAGAGUUUGCAAGUUCUGCCCCCCUAUUUUCCACAUUAAUACAAAUUUAGCAUGUCUACAGAUGCAA